ACCUUACUCCUACAUACCUCCUGAAGUGUCGACGAGUAAUAACGGCGGUAACGAUGUCAUUCAGACAAUGCAAAGAAGUCUCGCCGCAAUGUCCGGUUGAGGCGACAACCUACGGAUACUACCCGGUCCUGAGUGGGAACAUCGCCUUGCUCGUGGUAUUCGCCAUCACUUUCUUCGUCCAGCUUUUCCUAGGCAUCCGAGCAAGAUUACCGGCAUUCACAUCCGUGGUAGCGAUAGGAUGCAUGGGAGAAGCAAUAGGUUAUGGAGGCAGACUAAUGCUGAAUGAGAACCCCUGGGACGACACGGGAUUCAGAAUUCAAAUCGUCUGCCUCAUUCUCUCGCCCUCCUUCCUCGCAGCAGGCAUCUACCUCACGCUCAAGCACAUCGUGCUCACUCUCGGGCCGGAGUGCUCCCGCCUCAAACCUCGCCUGUACACCUGGAUUUUCAUCUCCUGCGACGCUUUCAGUAUCAUCCUGCAGGCUGCUGGAGGAGGUGUGGCCGCUUCGGCAUCCGCUGAUCUGGUCAAUAUUGGAAACAGAAUCAUUAUUGCUGGUAUUGCAUUCCAGGUCGCGACGAUGUUCAUCUGCAUGUGUCUAGCCCUUGACUUUGCGCUACGACUUGGCAAGAAAGCGAAGUUGUCGAAGGCGAAUGGUGCGAGGCUUGAGAGGGUACAGACGUAUGCUACGAAGCCGGCGUUUUACUUCUACCUCUCGCUUUCUGGAUUGGCGUUCCUGACGAUAUUCAUUCGGAGUGUUUACCGCCUACCAGAAAUGGCCGGUGGAUGGGGAAAUCCCUUGAUGCAGAGAGAAAAGGAAUUCCUCGUCCUCGAUGGAGCAAUGGUCGCGAUCGCAGCCGUCGCCAUGUCCAUUGCGCAUCCAGGCAUCUUCUUCCCAGAAAUGAAGACAAAGCGUCCGGUGUCUCCAACGAGCUCAAGUUCCGACGAGGAGAAGGCCGCCCAAGACGCGCCGUGAGCUCGACGGAUAGAGAGUUUCCAGUGCAAGCAGGCACACGAUGUAUAUGACGACAGAUUCGAGCGUACAGGAUAAGGAGCUACAGACGAGCGAACAGAAGAACUGAGGUUUGGGAGU